GAAGCGGGUCGGUUGGUCGGUCGGGAACGAGGCUCCCGCGGCCAGGCCCGCGCAGAGCCGUUGCCAUGGCAGCCGCCGCCGGGGGCGCGGACGACGAGCCGCGCUCGGGCCACUCAAGCUCGGAGGGCGAGUGCGCCGUGGCGCCGGAGCCGCUGACGGGCCCCGAGGGCCUCUUCUCCUUCGCGGACUUCGGAUCCGCGCUGGGCGGCGGCGCGGGCCUCCCGGGCCGGGCGUCCGGCGGGGCCCAGUCCCCGCUGCGCUACCUCCAUGUCCUGUGGCAGCAGGACGCGGAGCCCCGCGAUGAGCUGCGUUGUAAGAUUCCCGCCGGCCGGCUGAGGCGCGCCGCCAGGCCCCACCGGCGGCUCGGGCCCACGGGCAAGGAGGUGCACGCUCUGAAGAGGCUGAGGGACUCGGCCAAUGCCAACGAUGUGGAAACAGUGCAGCAGCUUCUGGAAGAUGGCGCCGAUCCCUGCGCAGCUGACGACAAGGGCCGCACAGCUCUGCACUUCGCCUCCUGCAAUGGCAACGACCAGAUCGUGCAGCUGCUCCUGGACCAUGGGGCUGAUCCCAACCAGCGAGAUGGGCUGGGGAACACGCCACUGCACCUGGCGGCCUGCACCAACCAUGUCCCUGUCAUCACUACCCUGCUACGAGGAGGUAUGUGCUCCCUUCCCCUUUGCCCUCCUCCCUUGCCCUCAUGCCAUCUGUGCUUACUUUGGCCUGCUCCCGCAGGGGCCCGCGUGGAUGCCCUGGACCGGGCUGGCCGCACGCCCCUGCACCUGGCCAAGUCGAAGCUGAACAUCCUGCAGGAAGGCCACUCCCAGUGCCUGGAGGCCGUCCGGCUGGAGGUGAAGCAGAUCAUCCAGAUGCUGAGGGAGUACCUGGAGCGCCUGGGGCGGCAUGAGCAGCGGGAACGGCUGGACAGCCUCUGCACCCGCCUCCAGAUGACGAGCACCAGAGAGCAGGUGGAUGAAGUGACCGAUCUCCUGGCCAGCUUCACAUCCCUCAGCUUGCAGAUGCAGAACAUGGAGAAGAGGUAGCAAGAGAGGCUGCCUGCCUUCCCGCUCUGCCGCUGCCCCGCCCCUGCUCCCACCGCUCUCUUGGUACCAAGAAAAAGCCCAGUGCCUGGGACUUUGGAGCUGCACUUAUCUGGUGAGGCCCUUGCCCCCAGAUGCCACGGGGCAGAGAUGCUCUCUCACCGACUUCAGAGCCACUCCCAGCCACGGCCUGUACCAUCUCUGUGGGCCGGGACCACAGCCCCCAGCUUCUUCUCUGCUCCCAUAGCACUGCAGCCACGCCUCAGCUCUGGCCGCCGUGCACUGUCCUAGCCGGCCUCACAUGUCCCGUGGCCUCCCCGGCACCCUCGGCAGGCCCCACACCCUUCUCUGUGUCCCUUCCUGGCCAGGGGCUUGUUGCGGCCAGCAGGGUGUGGGCUGAAGGCAGGCACCCUCGGGGGCUUCUUGGCUGGCCCUGCACCCCUCACCAGCACUUAGAUUUAGACUUGGCACCUGACUUUCAAGGAGACCUCACAGUGAGUUUCUCUGGUUGGAAGGGAGGGUCGGUGAAGCCUAGACCUUAGAAAUACAAGGUUAGGAAGGACCCUGCGGAACCCAAAACAGAAAAGCCCCAGCCUUUUUCACCCAGUCGUUGAAAUACCUGGAGGGCGAGGUGGUCCGUUCUGCAGCCUAGUUGUAGUAGGCUGAAUAGUGGCCCCCCGAGAUGUCUGUGUUGUUAUCCGAGGAACCUGUGAACAUUACUUUAUCGGGCAAAAGGGACUUUGCAGAUGUAAUUACAUUAAUGAUUUUUGGACCAGGAGACUCUCCCGGCUUACCCCAGUGGGCUUCAUGUAAUCACAGGGAUCCUUACGGGAGGAAAGCAGGAGGUCAGAGAGGAAGUAGGAGAUUCAGCCGGAGGGGGUCAGAGCUGAGGAAUGCAGGCACCCACAGAAGCUAGAACAGGCAAGGAAAUGGAUGCUCCCUGCAGAGCUCCCUGAGGGAACCAGCCCUGCUGAUACUUUGACUUUAGCCCAGUGAGACUGAUCUCAGAAUUCUGACCACCAAAACUGUAAGAGAAUAAAUAUGUGUUGUUUGAAGCCA